AUGACCAUGAGCAGCAAAUUCGAGUUGGUGUUCAUCACAUACCCUGGAAUGGGACACAUCGUUGCAAUGGUUGAGUUUGCACAUCACCUUAUAAAUCAUGACCCUCGAUUCUCCAUCACUAUACUCAUCAUCACCAUGCCUGAGAGAAUGCUAGUCAACACCUACAUCCAAUCACGUGCAGCCACAUCAGCCUCCACCAAUAUCCGAUUUGUCCAUCUCCCUACUUUGGAAACGCCCACACCCGAUCACGGCUCCCAAACUGAUCCCCUGUGCCUUAUAUCCUCAUUUAUUGAAAAACACAAACCCCAUGUUAAGCAAGCAAUCACAAACCUCAUGGCAACUGAGUUGGACCGACGAUUCGUUGGGUUAUUCAUAGACAUGUUUUGCACUUCCAUGGUUGAUGUAGCCAACGAGCUUGACAUCCCUUGCUACCUUCAUUUUCCGUCUCCAACUACCUUUCUUGGUUUCAUGCUUCAUCUUCCAAUCCUAGACACCCAACUCACCACUGAGUUGGCUGAGUUGGACACUGAGUUGGUCAUUCCAAGUUUUGUUAACCCUGUUCCUCCAAGUGUUUUGCCUUCUAUAGCGUUAAAAAAAGAUGGGUACUCUUGCUUUUUGUACCAUGCACGUAGGUACCUUGAAACAAAGGGUGUUAUUAUUAAUACAUUUAGUGAGCUUGAGCCUUAUGCGCUUAACUCACUCUCAACGAGUCAAGUGCCACCUAUUUAUCCCAUUGGGCCUAUUCUUGACCCCGUUGGACCGGCCCGAUGGCACCCAGACCAGGCCCAUCAUGAAAGAAUCAUGAAAUGGCUUGAUGAUCAACCUCCAUCAACUGUGGUAUUCUUGUGCUUUGGUAGCAUUGGGAGUCUUAGUGGGUCCCAAGUGAGAGAGAUUGCAUUUGGGCUUGAACAGGCGGGGGUUCGGUUUUUGUGGGCUUUACGUGAGCCACCUAAGAACCCAUUAGCCCUCUCAGAUAACUUCACAAAUCUCGAGGAAGUUUUACCAAAUGGAUUCCUGGAACGAACCACUGGAAUUGGAUUGGUGUGUGGGUUUGUCUCGCAGGUGUCAAUUCUAGGUCAUAAAGCAAUCGGAGGAUUCAUAUCACACUGUGGCUGGAACUCAAUUUUGGAAAGCUUGUGGCAUGGUGUACCAAUUGCCACUUGGCCAAUUCAUGCUGAGCAACAACUGAAUGCCUUUGAGUUGGUGAAGGAGCUGGGAUUAGCAAUUGAGAUUAGGUUAGAUUAUAGGGAGGGUAGUGAUUUGGUGUUGGCAAAUGAGGUAGAGAGAACAAUAAAGAGUAUAAUGGACUGUCACAAUGAGGUGAGGACAAAAGUAAAGGAAAUUAGUAUGAAAAGUAGGAUGUCUAUGAUGGAAAAUGGAUCAUCAUAUGCGUCAACGAGAGCCCUAAUUCAGGAAUUAGUGCGGUGA